AUGCCUCCCGUUAAAGCUGAGCCCGGCUCAGUCAGCGUAAAGGCAGAGAAUGGCAGAGCCAGCGUGCAAAGAGCACGACCUGCCAACGGCGGCAGCGCUCGCUCCAACCUCAAGGCCGAAGAAGACAAAAAGGACCUGCCACCGCCGCCGCCCACCACCUACCGGGACAUCCCUCUGCUCUCGACCGACUGCGGGCAGUGGCUCACGCAUCUCAUGAAGUUUGCGCAUCACACCCGCGUCGACCCCAACGACACGGCGCAGUUCAUCCCGCCGCUCAAGCUCAAUCGCAAGAAUCCGCCCAGGCUCAAGUUGCCUCGUCCCAACCCAGGUGAUCCCAUCACAGACAAGUACAAUCGUCCCAUGAUGGGCAAGGAUGGUCAGCCUCUCACAUGGCCUGGUCCGGACGACGAUCUGCAGCGUAUCGAAGAAGUCAUCAAGAAAGAAGUCGCUCCCAAAGGUCCGGGUGCCGAUCAGAAUCUCAUCGCACCAGGUGGAAGCGCCCGUCCUCCCAAAAGCAAGCUCUUUAAGAAAAAGGUGCGAGAGAUCCACAAGGCAGCAGACAGUGCAAGAAAGACCAUGAAGGAAGAACACUUUCCUUGGGUCCUCGAAGAUUUCGAGACUUCAGAAGAAUGGGAGAGCAUUCGUACACCCCUCCCCAACGGUGCACGCGCUCUGCAGGAUCACAUCGAUGAGCUCAAGGCCAAGCAGUCCAACACCAGCAACACAGAUGCCAACGGCGACGUCAACAUGCACGAUUCCAACAGCAACGGCAGCAGCAAAGUCAAGCCCGAAGAUGGCAUCAAGCAAGAGUCUGGUGCGUCGUCAUCCACCUCGCACGCACCUUGGAUCGGAAAGCUCGAGGGUGACUCGAGCUCCGAAGCGUCCUCGCUGCACGUUCUCUUUGUCUUUGACGAGCGUGACGCCGGUGGCUUCAAGGUGGUGCCGGUCUCUCGCAUGUACAAAUUCCUGCAAAAGCCUAAGCAUUCCACCAUGACCAAUGAGCAGGUGGAGCAAGAGUACCAAAAGUAUCAAAAGACCAAGGAAAUGGAUCGAUGGGCUUUGCGCAACAAGCCCAUCUCGACUGGCUCCCCGGCCAGCAGGAACGAGGACAGCGCAGCUUGGCGCAGUUGGCCCCAGGUUAACCAGCUCUCGCUGCCCACGGGCAUGUCGUUUGGCGCAGGCCGUCGCCGCAACCUGAUGGCCGUGCAUGGCGGCGAGCUGCUGCGCGAUGACGAUGACGACGAUACCAGCCGCUCGCAAAGACGAAAGAGGGAAGACAGUCCCGGUGCUGGCUACGACGAGCUCGACUACGAGGAAGACUUUGCCGACGACGAAGAGACGCACGAUCCCGAAGCGGAUGUGGUGGAUGAUGAGGAAGCCAAGGAGCUCGAGGAGCGCCUCAAGCGAGAGAUGGCCCGUGCCAACCACAUGGGUGACGAUGAAGAUGCGGCCGAAGAGGCGAGCGCACCCGAAGAUGAGGAUCAGAUGUUGACGGGAAGCGGCAAGCAGAUGAUGAAAAUUAUGCGUGCGCUGGGCAAGCGCGAAGGCAACGAAGCGUACGAGAAGGAUGACGACGGACGCAACCCUUACGCCACGGAUGAUUCGGACGAGGACGAGGAGGAAUCGUACGUCGCCAAUCCGGAAAAGGCCAUCCAGCUGGCUCGCGAAGAGCGCGAAAGAAAGGAAAAGGAAGCGGUCAAGAACAAGGGUAAACCUUCUUCCACCACGCCUUCUGGCUCCAACACGCCGACAGAUCGACCCGAAAAGCGGCCCGUCACGCUCGGCGGCAGCCAGACGCAGCAGCGUCCUGGCGCUGGACACGUAAGCUUGGCUCAGCGUGCCACGAGUCCUACGCGUGGUGCGUCCAAGAUCGGCAGCAAGCAGGUCAGUCGCUCGUCGAGUCCCAAUCUUGCUCGCAGCGUCAGCCCGGGACGCGCAGAGUCGCCACCGCUCGCUGCUUCCCCUGAUGCUUCGUCUACGCUGAGCGGCUCUACCUCGAUGUCUGGACUGAAACGUAGGACAGACAGUCCUGCUACGCCGAGCUCGGCCGCAGCUGGAUCCAAUGCAGCCAGCGGCCAUCCCGAGGCUAAGCGUGUCAAGGUGGGCGGCUCAGGUUCGAGAGCGGGCUCGCCUUCGGGAUCGCCGCCCGGCUCGAAGCCGGCUUCGCGAGCUGGCAGCCCUGGCGCGCCGCGUGUUCCUGCCAACGCAGUGGAAGCCGAGAUCAUCCAGCUGAUUCGAGAUGGUAAGAUUGCCAACACGAGCGAGCUUGUGCAGCACUUCCGAAAGCGUCUCAAGUCGGAGCCGCACAUCAAGGAUCAACUGAGUGCAGCGGUGCGAAAGGUGGCGGUGAUGGACAAGGCGACUAACCGGCUCAAGCUCAAGGAUGGAUUCUAG